ACAUCGCCCGAGAGAGUGGGCGAGCAGGGUGAGCGAAACUCUUUGAAACCCAGGGAACUGCGAGGGCGUCAGGUUGCGUUUCGUGGUAAAGGCAGAGGCGUCACACGUUGGUGGCUGGUUGGCCCUGGUGGUGGUGGGGCUGCAUGAGAGCGACUGACUCAGAUACCCAAGCAACAAGUGUGCUGUCGGUCGGGUGGUAGUGAGCUCCGAGGCUACUGUCCCAUAGUCCCGGGAAAAAUAAACUUACGUCAUAGUAGACUUUGGACACAGUUCUUGGAUAUUAGCAACAGUUGAACUUAAGCUGUCGCCUAUCGUGCAUAAUGGUGACAUUGAGACAUAGAGGUGGUAGUCCGAGUAUGGCCAUCGACGCCAGUGGUGUGUGGCCGAACCACCCCAGUGCACGACGUGGUACUCUCGCCACCUACAAGUUCCGCGUACGUGAGGAGCGCAAACGGGUGAUUCGACUCUCCAACGAAAAGUACCGCACCAUUGAAGACCAUGAGAGUGGCCUUCGGAGAGUUGUGCUUAUCAAGAACACACUGAGACGACUGCAGCGUGAGGCUCGAGAGGAGAAGCUGGCACGUCACCGGGCUGGCAGCACUAACGUGUCUCCCUCGUAUCUGUCUGCCUCCCGCCCCCGCUCCCCCUCCCCUCCCUGUGACAUGCAGGUGUCCGACGUGCUGAGCGUGUACGGUCAACCCGCCCACACGCCUCUCACCGCCCUGGACGAGGAUGACCCAGCGCCUCCGGCUAAGAGGCCCAAACUCUUCCAUGACGAUGAUAAGGAGAACUCCAGGGAGGCGUGUGAAACAAGGCUGCAGUGUGAGAUGGAUCAAAAGGACGACGGCCGUGGAUUGGUGGACGACACACAAGAGAUUCUACGGGACCUGUACGAGACGUUCACUACGGACUCUUUGUCGCAGCCCCGUCCCGGAACACCCACGCCGCCCCGCCCAGACACGCCUUACUCAUCACCAUACUCCUGCACCUUACCCACCUCAAGUACUCCUUCCCCCGCUGCCAACAAUAACACUACUACCAACACUGUAAGCUGUAGCAACAACACUACAAGUUAUAGUACCAGCGUCACCUCCAGCGGUAGCUACUAUGACUGGUCCAGGCCGCAACAGCAGCAGUACGCCUGCGGGCACGCCUCACUCUUGGGGAACGACCUCCAGUCAGUAGUGUUCCACAGCCUCAUUGCCUCCUUGGAGUCGUAACGCGCGUGUGAUGCUGUUGGCGAUCUCCAGCAGCAAGAGCAGCAGCGGCAGUAGUGACUCGCGUUGACUGCAGUGCCAUGCCAAAGAGGUGCAAUCACUGUGCUGGGCGGCCCCCGGACCUGUGUGUGAUUCAUCAAGUGUUAUCAGCUGUGAUCUUACCAUUAUUACGCGGACCCCUGACUCGUGCAGUGCCUGAGUGAAGUGGUGGAGCAGGCGGGGCCUAGGAGCCCACGUCGUGCUGUGUGGUGGUGUGGGGCAGACCCCUGGUGCUAGGCGGCCCACUACCCACGGUGGGGCGGCACCAAGCCGUCGCCCUCACUGAUAUGUUGUGCUUAUUACCAGAAGAGAAAGGGAAUGCCGUGGAUUAUUAUGUAUAAUGAUAAUAUUCAUUCGCUCAUCAUACACAUCAUCAUCAUUAUUAUCAGUAUUCAUCCUCGCCACAAUAACUUACAUACGGCAACUUGUCUUCGUUUCGAAUUCUUGUGCUACCACAUCGUGUGUCAGCAAACUCAUACCAAGUGAUGAGACAUUUAAUUGGUGAAGGUCAUUUCCGACUUGUUUCAAACGUGGUAAUUCACGAGGGCAUUGUGUAACGGAGCCCUCCAGUAGGUCAGCGUAGAGUUCGGAAAUGUACCCAGGUGGCCACAACUGACUUGGGGGAACAACUCACGUCAGCGUCCUCAUUGUUAACACCUUCGUAAGAUGGUGGUCAAGGCUUGAUGGCGUAAUGCUCUCCGUCCUGCCCUCUCAACGGCUUCAUUUAACUGUUUUAUACAAAGUGUGUUGAAUGAUAUUUUGUACACAACCCAAACUCGAAGAGACGGUUGAGACCCGUGAGACAUCUAGUGACGGAAGCUCACAACGCUGGCAGCUAGUGAAGGUGCAGAAGAGUGGGUGUGGUUUGGUAGCAAGGGCUCAUGUGUGUUCCCCCAGUCAGUCGCUGCCCCAAGUAUUAGUUGUGUAGAACUAACAGGCAUUUUGUUGUCUAGUCCUUGUUUGUCCAAAGUUCUUUGUUUUGGUUUGUGGCGGUGUUCUGCAGAUUUGGACUCAAACAUAAGUAAAUAAGUGGACAAUCUCAACACUGUCAUGGAGUAAGCGGGAUGUGGAGUGUGUAGCCUGAUGUCUGGUCACAAUGUUCCAAUUUUUCGAGCUCCCUCUCUAUCUCGCUCCCUCAACUAGCUCAACAUAACCACUACCGUAAUGCUUGUCAAAUCACUGCCAUUUGUGAUCAUUUAGGAAAUUAUUCAAAAUAAGAAACUCCAUAUCGCCUUGAGGUCCAAUAACACACCAAGUCUGUAGUUGCGCCGCCCCGUGUCCCGUCCCCUCUUCCUCUUCCUCCCCCAGAAACACUGUUGUCGGCGUGUACAUCCCUGAGUACCAUCUGAUCAUCGCAUAAAGUAGAAUUACUUUUUACAAUUUUGUAUAUUGUACAAAUGUAUAUGGAUGAAGAAUUUUGUUAUGAUUAAGAGCUAUUUGUAUUUAGUUUGUAAAAAUAGUAAUAUUCUCCAUGAAAAAGUCACCAUGUCAAAAUACCAAAAUGUAGUUUGUAUAAAUAUUUUGUUCCAACUAUUGUAUCAUAUUACGUAGUCGAUAAUACAAUUACCAACGAUUUUCAAGACAUGUAUAAUAUAUCACAUUUAUUUACAUAAGAAAGGUUGUAUGAAUUAUUUAUUCUGACUUUCAUAUUAUUUAUACUUAGUAAAUUGAGACAACAACGAGGGCACCAGGCGAUCCAGCUCCAGGUGACGUCAUCCACUGCUCGUGACAUUGAUCCUCCGCACGAGGACUAAUGCUGCCAGCAAGCUACCUUGGGUGACGUCAUUGUAGGCGAAACCUUGGCUCACAGUUAAUACUUAAUUAUUUGUUGACUUGCAACAAUGUUUCCCUGAACUGAAUUGUCUAAAUUUUGAAUCCCUUAUUAACAGCUGUUUAGUCUUGCGUGUUCUCGUCUUAAAAUCUGACGUCACAAAAAGCAGUUUAGCGGACGUAAAGUCGCCAAAUUCUGUAACUGACAUUUCCUGUAUCCGUUGUUUACGUAAUUUAGACAAUUUUAUGUGUCUACUGACAAAAUUUUACAGCCGAGUAGGUUGUGUUGGUAGAGAAUAGGCUGUGACCACACGCUCGCUGAGUUGUCAGUUUACAACGUGGACCUAAACUGCUGCUAUGAGUAGUGGUUCAUACGGCCGCUGGCUCACCCUAAUAUGUCUGUAUAUUUGUGACGGGAGAGUCAUGAGUGGUUGUAUGACUCCCACUACUUGUACAAACCAGGUCUUAUAGUUCUUGUUUUUUCUUUUAUCAAUAUUUCUUUUUUCUUCACAAAGUGAUUGUGUUUGCAGAGUAAUUUAGUUUUAUUAUUAUUAUUUUAAUUCUUUACCAUCCUGUUAACAAAGACCUUGUAAAGGAUAACGGUUUAGCACAAUUGUAAAACUUUUGUAAUAUAAGUUUGAAAACUGGGUCUUAAUGUACAAAAAUAGGCCGCCAGGGGUCGUCUUGGGCGUGUGUUUCCUGUGCUGCCACCAGCCUCCUCCAGUCAGUUUUUAGUCACUGGCGCGUCACGUGUACACAGCUGUAGGGAGGAUGUAGGUUCUGGAGGCUGUGGACAUUAGAAAUCUUUAUAAAAGUGUGUGUGAGAGGCUGGUGGGUCGUGACCACACCCAAGGACGCUCCGGGAUGUGUCUUGUAGGGAGGGGGGGGGGUGUUAGUGAUGUCACACCUGGCUUACAUUAUCGACAUAGGUAGUGACUAUGCUAUGUAGUGAUGACGCUAUUUACAAGUGACAUAGGUAGUGGUGAUGCUAUAAACGAAAAAGAUAAGGGAUGUUUUGUUCCUGCCAAACACGUAAGAGAGGUGUAUUAACUUGUUAUCUUGUAUUUUGUGAAUUUUCCAAAUAUAUGAUAUGAAACUUAA